CGUGACCACGCGCUCGAGCCACUCAAUCGCUCAGCUCAAGAAUACACCAACGCUCCGAACUGAUAGGAGAGAGAAUCGCUUUUGUGCGCUUGCUUGAAUCAGUCUGGUUCCCAAUAGCUCGACAAUCCUAGUGUGAGUGUGUGUAAAUGUGUGUGUUCGCAGUCAACAGGCGCGUGGAGAGAGCGAUGAGCCAGCUUGGGUAGCGGAGAGCGCAAAUCACCAGAGCAGUCGAGACUAAAACGGAAAUAACGAAUUAACUACCAACGGGAUUGUCAUUUCAUAACAUCGUUAAAUGACACAUCCUUAAAGGACACAAAACGAAAAACACAACAGAGAUUGAUUUAUCAUCCAUAGUUUUCCGUUCCAGCGCGGGGAAAGAUGAAGACUAAAAACCUGGAGCAAAGCUUGUCUGAUUCCAGAGAAUUGGAUGGAUCGUAUGACCAGCUGACUGGUGGUAACACUCCCACCAUCAAAAGUAAAAAGACUAUAAAGCAGAGAUUCCUCAAGCUGCUCCCCUGCUGCACGCCUUCUGUUGCCGCCUCAGUCAGUCAAUGCAAUGUAGAAGAUGACUUUGAGUUGUCCACCGUGUGCCAUCGACCAGAGGGUCUGGACAAACUACAGGAGCAGACCAAGUUCACCAAGAAGGAACUGCAAGUUCUCUACAGGGGCUUCAAGAAUGAGUGUCCGAGUGGAGUGGUGAAUGAGGAAACCUUUAAAACCAUCUACUCCCAAUUCUUCCCCCAGGGAGAUUCGGGUGCGUAUGCACAUUUCCUGUUUGAGGCCUUUGACACUAACAAGAAUGGAUCAGUUAGUUUCGAGGACUUUGUGUUUGGUCUGUCUAUCAUUCUGAGAGGAACGAUAAAUGACCGGCUAAACUGGGCCUUCAACAUGUACGACCUAAACAAAGACGGCUGCAUCACCAAAGAGGAGAUGAUGGAUAUAAUGAAGUCUAUCUAUGAUAUGAUGGGGAAGUACACAUAUCCCUGUAUGCAGGACGAGGCGCCCAGAGAACAUGUGGAGAGCUUCUUCCAGAAAAUGGAUCGUAAUAAUGACGGGGUGGUCACUAUUGAUGAGUUCAUCGAGUCAUGCCAAAAGGAUGAGAACAUCAUGCAGUCCAUGCAGCUGUUUGACAACGUCAUCUAGGAGCCUCUGAUAUAGAAAAGGGGCUGGAGGACAGGGGAGGUGUGUGUGAGAGUGUGCACGUGUAUUUGUGUGUGUGUGCGCAUGUUUGUGCGUGUGCGUGCAUUUGUGUGUUGUGGGGGGGCUCUGAGAGGGCCCUGGACAUUGACCCUCAGCCCCCCCUAAAUCCUGACCCCUCCUUCUAGCUCCUUUCUCUCCGCACCCACUCCAAGCCAAUAGGAGGCGCCUCCUCUUAUCCAACCCUUCAUCACUUCCAGAGACACAGAGAAGAGAGGGGCUGGCUCAUAGACUCUGAUCCACACCCACAACCACACCAAGGAUCUGUUCAGGAAUGUGCAACGUUACAGAACGUUCAGAUAGAAAUGUGUUUUGUAGAACAGAUUGAUUGCCUGUCGUGUGUAAUAGGGAGUCAAUCGUGUCAGCUCUAUUCGUCUAUCUGCAACGUUCGUGAUGAUUUGCCUCAUUGAAUACACCCGUUUCAUUAACCAUUUUAUUAUUUAACACUCCUGUUUCCGAGAAAGCUGCUGUAGCCUGCUGGCUGGACUCAACAUAGGAUUAAGUCCCCCUACUCACUGAUCUAAGGUCAGUUUUGCAUAUCCCCACCUAAUGGUUAAGGUUAGGGUCAGGAGUGGUUCAGCUGAUCCUAGAUCUGUGGAAGGUUACUUCUACCAGAGCAGCUGGACUCCUGACACCUCUGUCAUUAAAACAGAGGUAACUAGCGCCACUUAGUGGACAAAAGGACACAACGGAACAGAAGGGACUGUGGAUCUGAAGGAUGAGACUCUUCACAAACAGAAAAGACAUAAUAAUUUAGUCAUUUAGCAGACGCUCUUAUCCAGAGCGACUUACAGUUAGUGAGUGCAUACAUUUUCAUACUGCCCC